CAGAACCCGACCGCUCUUCAUUAAAAAGAACAGAACAAAGACAGAUUUAAGACUAGUCCGUGAACCAAAGAUGAUAUAUAUAAAAAGGGCAAAAAACACAGUUGCUAAAUGCUAAUAUAAAUUGUGGUGGUGAGUCGAAGGCAAAAUUUUGGGUGUUGGGUUGGGUUUGGUCUCGUCAGCUAGCACGUUGCACUAUUUUCUUUUGUCCUCGAAUUGCCUAUGCAGAAAGUGGAAAGCCAUUGCAUCACGCCUCUCUCUCUCUCUCUCUCUGUCUCUCUCUCGCUCUUUCUUCUGCUUCUUCUCUUAGUAACUCCCUAUUUCCUUUGAUUUCCGGCGUUUUGGUUAAAAAUCUGUCUCAAAGCUUGAAUCUUGAACAAGAAUCUUUGAAACCCAAAACCCCAAAAAAACUACUUGUCUUUUCAACUCAACCGCUUUAAAUGUUUUAAAGUCUUCCCCAAAGAAACACCCUUUGACGUUAUUUUUAAUUCCAUAACUACUUGCUUGAUUAAGUCUACGUAUGGAUUCAAUUCUUGAAACUUGAAAUUCCACCAAAAGAGAAAAUCAAGCAAAAAAAUGAUUACAAAAUUGCCGGUUACCCAGUUAAAAGCAUCCAAUUUUGGGUUGAAUUACUUGAUUUCUGGCAACAAAGACGUUUCCAAGUUUGGGUAUUUCUCAAGAAACUCUGCUUCACACCACAUGUUAAGGUUGAAGCUUGUGGGAGCUCAGGGAGAUAGAUGGAAGCUCAAUGACUUUGAUGCCAAUGCUAUGCAAGAAAGAAUUAAUUCAUGGCUGUCAAAGACCCAGCAUUUUUUGACCGAGGUAGCUUUGCCACUAGUAAAAACUGGUCAGAGUGGAAAUCCUGAUCCUGGAAAUGAGAUUGAUCCUCAAGACAUGGAGGAUAUUUUUUUGGCAGAACAGACUAUUCCUAGUAGCAUGCCUAAUGGACAUCUUUCAUUACCUGCUAUUGUGUCUAUUGAGCAGUUUAGCAGGAUGAAUGGAUUGACUGGACAAAAAAUGCAGAAGAUAUUUAAAGCUCUUGUUCCUAAAAAUGUGUAUGAUGAUGCUCGUAAUUUGGUGGAGUAUUGCUGCUUUAGGUUCUUGUCAAAGGAUUCCUCUGAUCUGCAUCCUUGCCUCAAGGAACCUGCAUUCCAGAGACUAAUAUUCAUCACAAUGCUUGCUUGGGAGAAUCCUUACUGUGAUAAAAAUGAUUUGCAUGCUCAUGCAUCGAGAAAAGCUUCUUUUCAGGGAAAGCUGGUGGGAGAAGAGGCUUUCACUUGUAUCGCUCCAGCAAUUUCUGGUGUAGCUGAUCGCCCUACAGUACAUAACCUUUUCAAAGCUCUUAUUGGUGAUAAACAAGGCAUCUCGUUAAGAGUGUGGCUAACGUAUAUUGAUGAAAUUCUCAAAGUGCAUGAAGGAAGGAGAUCAUAUCAGAUCCACGAAUAUCCUCAACUCUUAGAGGAAAGAAUCUUGUGCAUUGGUUCUAGCAGGAAACGACCUGUUCUAAAAUGGGAGAAUAACAUGGCAUGGCCUGGAAAACUUACUCUAACGGAUAAAGCACUGUAUUUUGAGGCAGUUGGACUUCAAGGGCCAAAAGAUGCAAUAAGACUUGAUCUUACAGGGAAUGGAUUGCAAGUGAAGAAAGUAAAAGUUGGACCUUUCAAUUCAGGGCUUUUUGACUCUGGAGUAGCUGUUUCAUCUGGUUGCGGAUCACAAACAUGGGUGCUGGAGUUUGUUGACUUGGGAGGUGAAUUGAGACGAGAUGUUUGGCAUGCAUUUAUCAGUGAAAUUAUUACUCUACACAAGUUUCUUAGUGAGUAUGGGCCAGAUGAUGAUGAUCAAUCACUAUUUCAAGUAUUCGGUUCUCACAAAGGGAAGGAAAGGGCUAUCACAGGUGCUGUUAAUGGCAUUGCAAGACUUCAGGCACUCCAAUUUAUGCGAAAGCCAUUGGAUGAUCCAAUCAAACUUGUUCAGUUCUCUUUUUUGCAAAAUGCACCCCAUGGUGAUGUUGUUUUCCAAACUCUUGCUGUAAAUUAUUGGGGUGGACCAUUAGUUGCAAAAGUUACAGAUGCAGGGUAUCAACGAGCUCAAGGAAUGAGCCAUUCUGAAGAGGUAUUUGAAAUUAGUGAUCACGUAUUUGACAUAGAUGGAAGUGUUUACUUGCGGAAGUGGAUGAGAUCUCCAUGUUGGGGUUCUAGUGCAUCCAUUAGUUUUUGGAAGCUUUCUUCAACUAGACAAGGAGUAGUGUUAAAUAAAAAUCUCGUUGUGGCUGAUGAGACCCUAGUAGAAAGGGCAGCAGCAAUCUGUAAAACAAAAUACCAGGCGGUGGAAAAAACUCAAGCCACAAUUGACGCAGAACUUCAAGGAAUACCCAGUAAUAUUGACCUUUUCAAGGAACUUAUUCUUCCUUUGACAAUAACUGCUAGGAAUUUUGAAAAGCUUAGACGCUGGGAGGAGCCACACCUGACUCUCUCUUUUCUUGCAUUCGCAUGUACAAUUAUUUUCAGAAAUCUGCUGUCAUAUGUGUUUCCCAUGGCAUUGAUUGUCCUAGCCACUGGCAUGCUAACACUUAAAGGGCUCAAGGAGCAAGGUCGUCUUGGUAGAUCUUUCGGAAAAGUCACUAUCCAUGAUCAGCCACCUUCAAAUACUAUUAAAAAGAUUAUAGCUGUAAAAGAUGCCAUGCAUGAUGUGGAAAACUAUCUCCAGAAUCUGAAUGUUUCUCUCCUUAAAUUACGUGCAAUUCUCCUUGCAGGUCAGCCUCAGAUAACAACUGAAGUUGCAGUGGUGUUGUUAUCAUCUGCAACCGUUCUUCUCACUGUCCCUUUCAAGUAUGUUCUUGCAUUUCUUCUAUGCGAUCUCUUCACUCAAGAGCUUGAAUUCAGGAGGGAAAUGGUUAAGAGAUUCUUAAGUUUCCUGAAGGAGCGUUGGCUCACUCUGCCAGCAGCCCCUGUAAUUGUAUUACCAUUUGAAGAUGAGGAGUCCAAAUCAGCGUCUCAAACAAGCCAGACAGAUAAAAAGGCAAUCAGAAAGAAGGCAGAGCAAUAGCAGGCAUACUGAAUUUCUUCCUCCAUUUUUGUAUGGACAUUGCUGCACUAAUACACAUGGCAAUUUAAUCCUUGCUCUUGGCCCUAUGAAUUAUAGGAAGAUGACUGUUUGAGUUAGUUGAUGGAAUUGGACUCUUCCGCUCUAAAGCACAUUAUUCAAAGGGAUGGGGAAUUAUAUCAUAUUCAUUGCAAAUUUCUUACACAUCACCAUACUUAGCUAUUUCAUCAAGAUGUGGGGAUUUCAUUUGAGGAAGAACUAAACAUCUGGUGAUGCUUAUUCUGAAUUACUGAUAAAAGUGGACUGCUCUGGGAGGUUAUAUUUUCUAUAUGCAUCAUUCAUCCAGGUUGUAUGCUAAAGAACCAGAAGCAAAAGAAGGGAAUAAGACAUAGCAUAUCUUUAGAUGUCAGAAUAAUACACCAUGUACAGGAUUUUCUAAAUGUUGUAAAAUGGGAAGGCCCUGUGGGUGCUGGAGUUCAGGAUGGUAAGGACCAAAGGAGCAUUUGGCAACAAUGCCCUGCACCCUGCCGCCCCUUUAGUUGUAUUAACAUUUGAAGGGGAUUAAUCCUGAUCAGUGAAUCAAAGAAGCUGACCUGACAAAGGAGCAAUCAGAAAGAAGGCAGAGCAGCAGCAGCAGCCGGCGGCAGGCCUAGAUGGAAUUUACAGUUUGACACUCACGUAUGCUCUCGUUGUGAAAUUUUGGUUACUAUCUCAGAACACAAAACGGGCAAAAGUGCAUUGCAUUUCUUCUUUGCCACUGAAGUGUGUGACUAUUUAAUUCUUCUUUUAAUGUUUUUGGUCAUUAUGAUUAUUUGAGUUAGUUGAUGGCUCUGGACCCAUCUGUUUUAAAGCACAUUAACUAGAUUUGACAAUGGAAAUCUUUCAUAUUCAUCACUAACUUCCGU